AUGCCUUUCCUUGACCACCUCCUCACCUACAAGAUCACAGCUUACAACACUAGGCACCAAAGAGGAAGAAAGCUUAGUGUUGGAGGGCUCAUCACACCUAUCUUGUGUGCUGCUGGAGUAAACCCAACUGAUAGGAGAGCUACUGAACCAGGUUGGAUGGACAUCAAGUUUUGCAAGACCAACCUCCUCAUUGAGCACAAGGAGUUGGAUGGGAGGUUCCAAUUCAAGUUCACACAUCCAUUGGUGGACCCUCCAAGCUUUCUCCUGCCUAACCCAGAGCUCACCACAGUUGUAAGGGGUGAGAACAUUGACUUCAGACCCCCUGUGUACACAUUAGUUGGGCAUGAGGAUGAUUGCGAGAAGAGGAGCCUGAGCUCGAUCGAGCUGAGUCUCGAGCUGAGGGUCGAGCUGAGGAUCGAGCUGAAAUCAGGUCCAGGAGCGCUGAUUUGGGUGAGCCUGAGUGCUACUACUUUGAGGAGUAUGAGGCUCCAAGGAUGA